UACCGAUUCUUCAACUACUAUUAGGACUCGACUGCCAUCAACAUUCAACUACUGCCAUGACUUGUAUUACUCACACAGACACUGCCGUCUGUGUGCCAUCACUAUCAUCUACCGCUUCUGCAUUCCCAGAAAAGCAUCCCUCUUUUAUUACUAAACCUCUUACCCCACAACUGUUCAUCGAUACAUUGACUUCCUCUACUUUGGUCUCUCCAAGUAGUGCCUGUUGUAUGCCGACGGAUAGAGCCGACAUGAAGUCUCCGUAUGACUGCUGCCAUACUGCUACUCAUAUUAGUACCGACUUUGCCUCGACCAACAAAAUAACUCGCAGCCCUGUCUCGUCCCCACAAUUGUCUGAUCAUCUGCAAACAUUGGAACCACAGCACCAUGCAAGUUUAAACUUGGACUGUGAAUACUCUUCCAGCGAGAUCGUCUGCCAGAACUCUUGCAGCCAAUCUUCUCAGCACUCGUCUAUAUCCAUGCCUUUAUCUCCACAAGCCUUGAUGGCCAAUCGUUCUUGCAACUCUUGUCGUGUAAGAUUCGGCUCAGUAGAUUCGUAUGCUGCUCACUCCACUUCGUCACCUAUCAACACUCUGCCUCGUCGACGAUGCACUGUCCACGGAUUAACGACAGAUCCAAACUCUGAACCUCUACUUUCUCCAAUCACUCAUACCCCCCAACGCUCAAAUUCAAAGGGCCAUUCUGUCUCUUGGGCAGAAUCGCUCAGUACAGAACAUGAUUUUGAAGAGUUUGAAAAGCGGCGGCAAGAGCUGAAGAAAAGCAAAAAGAGAUAUACUCGAUGGACUCAGAAGACUGCCAGCAUCAUUCAUUUCUUUACUCCAAUGUCUACAAAAUAGAAUGAAUAGGACCGACUGGCCAGUGCCUUCAGUUUCAUUUACCUAAUUCUUUCUGUUCUCGACACUCCCUCGCAUCAGCCCGCCCUAGAUGAAAAAUCUCGUCUUAUUCUUUAAUCACAGCCUAAUUGCCCAAUAAUGUCUUUAAUCAUGCUUGUAUGCCCAAGUGGAUUGAAUUUCAUUCUAGUCUAUCUACACUGGCUUAUUUGUGAACCUCAUUCUCUAUUGUCUCGAUCUAUCAUCUUUAGCAACAAUGUUUUCAAAACCCAUAUUUCGACCUUGCCAUGAUUCAUCAAUUACUCGUUUAUUUAUACAAGCACUAUUUGCUACGCAAUCAACAAAGUCGUUUUUUAACUAUACUGUUUUGUUUAUUUGUAUAUAUGGUUGGUGAUGUAGCUUGGUGUUUUUGGCAUUUGGACACUAAUUAUGUCAAAUACUUGUUUGAUCAUAAACUUGGCUGGUCUAAUGGGAUUUGGUCAUAAUAAAACAAUAUCAACCACUUGCCAAAACCUGGGUGGUUGUGGACUUUUACUGCUGUACGUGAAUACGGUUUUGCAUUCGUAUUCGUGUACAAUGGCGCAUCUUGUAUUCAUAUUUCAAUCUAUUUUGCUCUGGAAUAAACAAUGGUUGAAUAGUU